CUAAUAUUUAAUCUUUUAUUCGGCGUAAGAAUUUGACAAUUCUUUGAUCUCCAAAUCACAAUUAGUCGAUUCGCAUAUAUAAUCUAAAGCACGGAAAAAGCAUCGUUCACAAAUUCAAAUAAAAUCGAUAGUAAAUAUCGAUACGCAAAAUGAAUAUGUCGAGAUGAACAUGUGUUUCGUCUUGAGGGAAAUUUAAAGCGAUUCAAAAUGGCUCUUGAAUUUGGGCGGUUGUAGUUGACAUUGUCGGAUGUGAUAAAUAUGUAAUAGUUACAACUGUGUGUAAUGAUUUAUAACAACACAAACACUUUCAAAGAAGAUCAACAUGUCAGUCGUAGAAGAGAAUCUCGAGGAUUUGGUGGAUGACGGAGACGGCGUUGGAGAAUUGACAGCUCAGUCGGCGUUGCAAGAGAUCGAAAAUGCUUGGAUGAACGAGAGAUUCGCCCCAGAAAUUCUGCCGCAUCAGUUUGACCUCGUGGACUGUAUGUUGCAGCAAAUCACGCACAUGGAGGAGAAUAUCAAGAGGUUAGACAAGAAUGAUUUGCGAGUGCAAGUUCACCGUAUGGAGCUCGAUCGGAUAAAGUACAUAAUCAGUAGCUAUCUGCGAACACGUCUAGAAAAGAUAGAACAGUAUACCGUUCACAUCCUGUCGGAGGAAGCUAACAGGAAUCCAGAAGAAGCAUACUUAACGCCAAGUGAAUUGCGUUUUGCCAAGGAAUACCUCGCCAAUAUGGAAACGCUCUUCACAACGUUAGCACUGCAACAUUUUCCACCUAGUGUUCAACGUUUUGAGGUGGACAAGUUGACUAUUAAACCUAACAUGCAAGCUUAUGUAUUUCUGCGUGCUAAUCAAAAAGUCACAGGCAUAGUUCUACCCGGUACACAAAAUGAGGAGAUAGACUUUGAGGAAGGUUCGCAGCAUAUUAUUCAGUACAGUGCUGUAGCGGAUUUAGUAAAAACUGGUGUAGUACAAUUGAUUUGAUAUUUUCAGAAGAAAGAAACACAAAGUGGAAAGGGUAAGAGAGAGAAUGUAUAAUUUAAAUAAUUGUUAAACAAUAUAUA